GAAUCGAUGGGAAAGUGCGGAGGAAAGGAAGCAGCUACUGAGAGGGGCUGGAGAACCCGCCUGGUUUCCAAUACUGUGCUACGUUUCUCUUCAGCAGUGGGGACAUUUUAGACGAGUGGAAGCUGGUGGCGUUCCGUGGACAGUGUAUGGCCAGACGUCCUCUCUUAUUUCUGCCCCCUGCCCUGUCACCUUCCCGGACCACGCGACGCCCUGUUUGCUCCAGAGAAACAGGCAGCUCUCAUCCUUCAGGAGCAUGCUGUUGGCCUCAGUGGGUAGGUGGCUAAGAGCUACAGAGGCCAUGUGUCAGGGGUAAAAGGGUGUUCGCUGCUGGGGACACCACACACUGCGCCAGGUUGAGGGGUCUGUUGAUGUGGAGAUGAAGCUCAAACAGCGCAUGGUGGUACUGUGCGCCGUGCUCCUCCUGCUGGGCCUGGCUAAGAUCUUCCUGCUGGAUGGAGGCGAGGGUUCUGCAGCUAGUCGCCGUGACCUGAGAGCAUUUCGCAAGAUGGAAGCUAGCCUUUCUCUCUCCCGAGGGGCUCGCCUCACUCACACCCUCCAGUCUCCGUGGGAGAUAGCGAGCCAGUGGGUGGGUCCUCGAGAGGUGUACCCAGAGGAGACUCCAGAGCUGGCUGCUGUCCUCACCUGCCUCAGCACUGCCAGGAUAGAACGGGCAGAUGUGGGCUAUAAGGGUACACAGCUUAAAGCACUGUUGGUGUUGGAUGGGGGUCAGAAAGUUGUCUUCAAACCCAAGAGAUAUAACAGAGACUAUGUGGUUGAAGGUGAACCGUAUGCAGGUUAUGACAGACACAACGCAGAAGUGGCAGCUUUUCACUUGGACAGGAUCCUGGGGUUCAGGAGAGCGCCUCUCGUGGUGGGCAGACAUGUCAACCUGCGCACGGAAAUAAAACCUGUGGCCACAGAGCAGUUAUUGAGUACCUUCCUCAUGCAGGGUAAUAAUACAUGUUUCUAUGGAAAGUGUUACUACUGUCGGGAGAGUGAGCCUGCGUGUGCAGAUGGAGAGAUAAUGGAGGGUUCUUUAACCUUGUGGCUCCCAGAUGUUUGGCCUCUGCAGAAACACAGACACCCUUGGGGACGCACAUACAGAGAGGGCAAACUAGCCAGGUGGGAAUACGAUGAGAGUUAUUGUGAGGCAGUGAAGAAAAUGCCUCCGUAUGAUGCAGGACCAAGGCUGCUGGACGUCAUCGACACAGCUAUAUUUGAUUAUCUCAUCGGGAACGCUGAUCGCCAUCAUUAUGAGAGUUUCCAGGAUGAUGGGGGCGCUAGCAUGCUCAUCCUCCUCGACAAUGCAAAGAGCUUUGGGAAUGCACCUCUCGAUGAGCGAAGCAUCCUUGCUCCACUCUACCAGUGUUGCAUGAUUCGAGUGUCUACAUGGAACAGGUUAAACUUCCUGAGGGGCAGAGCUCUGAGUUCAGCCAUGCGGCUGGCUUUGGCCUUUGACCCCAUUCAGCCCGUCUUGGCUGAGCCACACCUCUCGGCCCUGGACAGGCGUCUGUCGGGUGUCAUAGCAACUGUCAAACAGUGCAUGGAGACGCAGGGCCCCGACAACACACUAAUAGAAGACCGGAUGAACCUGCCUCAUCCUUAAAAGAUGAGGAGAGAAAGAGGAGGCGGGGUUUGACCUCAUUUGACCCCAGGAGGAUGGUUUUGACAGCAGGACUCAUCCUGAGCUUUACCUCUCAGAGCGCACAGCUGUUUGAACUGUGGAGUCUUUCUCACGCGGGUCACCACAGGACCAUGGCCACAGCGACUGGUAGUGAUGGCGGACCUGGUGCUCGGUCUCUCUCUUUACCUUUGGAGGCAGCAGACAGUCGAUGUGACUCUGAGCCACAGACGUCCUGACGAGUCUGUACAGCGAUUUCACAUCAGCUACACGACGUCAAAUGUCACAUCAUCCCAGAGGAACGUGAUUCCUUUUAAAUUAAUACAAACUGAAGUCCUUUUUAAAUGUCUUAAAUCAUAAAUUGCCUUGAAAGUGAAAAUGGAAAUUAACUGACCAUUGUGUGUAUAUAUAUUUAAAUGCAUACCAUAGGCUUACCAGACAAAAUAUGUUUGUGGAUUAUAA